AUGACCGGUAGACAAGAAAGGGAAGGGGAGGUAAAGCUACCAGAAAGGCAAGGAAGAAGGGUAGCUUUUUAUGGCAAAUGUCAAGUCAUUCCGCCGGCUUACUUUUCACCAGAAGAUCCCGUUGACAACUAUUUCGCAAGAAAGGAAGAACAUCUGAUCGGCAAAAAGACUUCAAGAAUUCACUUUCCUUUUCGUUCUCAUAAAAGUGGAAGGAGAUGGUCAAACGCAUCACCGGAUCCAGGAAGAAGUAAGAGUAGCAAUACCGCUCACGAAUCAGGUAAACCAUCAUCCGCUCAUCAUUCACGCUCUCAUAGUGUGCCCAUCCGUGCACCUUCUCUUUCGCCAACUCUUCAUAUCUCACGCGAUGGAACGGCAAAUCGACUUCGACAAAAGCUCAUCUCUCCACCUCCCCCUUCUCCAUUGGGAAGAGCGGUAGAAGAAGAAAAUGAUUCAGAAGCAGAUGCUUCGUCUCGCACUCCAUCCACUUCGCCCGAUGCCAAUCCGCUACCCUUGGCUCGACCGGUUGCUGUAAGAAAGCCUUUGACGUUUGGCUUUGAUAAAGAUGACGAGCCGGAAAGACAACCUGGAAUCGAUCAACUAACGCAAAGACUUUCUUUACGUAUUCCGCCGAUCAUUUAUGUGCACAGCAUAUCAAACAAAGCCGUCGCUCCGGAUAACCCUGCCGCGGCUGUUCUGAACUGGGAAGAAACGGAAGAAAAAGGAUCAUCUAAUUCAUCAUGCGAAGAAGAGGAAAAAGAUGAUGGAAGUACGGAAACAGAGGUUUUUGAAGAAGAAGAUUUGCAUGGAGAAUGCAAUUGUCCAGAUUGUGAGUCAAAAAUGCUUGCUGCUUUGGCUCCCAAUUAUACCCCCAAUUGGACUCGUUCUGCACGAAGGAAAUAUUUAGCAGAUCGAAAAGAGGCGAUGCAUGAACAAUCGCGCAAAUCCUUCAAACCUCCCAUUUGGCUCAAGACAGAAGAGUCCGAAUUAGCAGAUAAUUCGUCUAAGCUACGGGACAUUCAAGCAGACGAAGUGGAUGCCAAGCAUGGCGAAUCACAGAAGGAAAUUGUUGACAAAAAAGCAGAUAUAGAUGAUCAUGCAGUAAUGUCCUCUAUUACCCCGGAAGAGUCGACGGAUGAUACGAUCAUGCAAAGAGAGGUAGAUCAAGAAGUGCGGCUAAGAGAAGAAGAAAAUCGAGCAAAACGAACGAGGAAUGAGAUGAAAAGGUUGAGUUCAGACGUUGGCUCAGGAUUACGAUUAGGCGGAGGAGGAGCAAGAGCGAUGAUGCGACAAUUAGAAGAAGCGGAACAAGCAGAAAGAAGAGCAAAGAUUGAACGUACUAGAAGUCCAAAAAGUCCCGAUGAAGUGCCAGUAUCGAAUAAUGUAAAACUCGAAAUUCCUUCACCGGGUAUAGAAAGUCCAACUGUAAGUCCCAACAAUCUUACUGUGCAAGUGGACAAGUCAUCUAGAACGCCUUCGCCGCUAAAGAGGAUGUUCAGCAAUGGAACUGGACCAGUUCGAAAGCCUUCUCCAUCUGACCCUGCACCUAUGCGACACCCGUCACCUUCUUUGCUCAUCAAAAGAGAAUUAGCUCUUGGCAUACCUGUUCAAUCGUUAUCGUCCAACAAUUCCUCUCGAUCGCGACAAACGUGGAGUGGUACACCACCAAUCAGUGAAGACAAAAAGAGUGCCACGGCUAAGCAAGAAGAAGCACCACAACGUGCUAAAUUGGUACGAGCCGAGACGGCAAUAAACGGUAGUCGUAGACCUUCCUAUGAUGAAAGAAGGAUAUCAAACGAUCAAAGGCCAUCUUCCAAUCUCAGAAGAGCAAAUACGACUGGAUCUGGAUCGCGUGCACAACUGAAAAACGUGCCACCAAUUACAAUUCCUGCCCCAAUCUCAGGACAUCCUCCCCCUUCUCAUGCACCGAACAGUCCUAAUAAUGUUGUCGAUAAAGCAAGAGCAAAAGCUAGGAGUAGCUUUAAGGAUUUUGUUGCACGCAUAAAGAACUAA